CAGAUGCCGCCUGGCACCGAGCGCAGCCGCCGCCGCCGCCGUACUUUCCACUUGUAUUGAUCACUCCUAGCUCGGCUCAGCCUGCUCCCGGAGCGCAGCGCGGCCAGCGCGCCAGCCCUUGGCAGCUCGGGCAAGUCGGGCUCCCAGAGGAAACUCCUUGGGAGCGCCCUGUCCGGGGUGUCCUCUGCGCUCUGCAGUGUCUUUCUGUCUGCCUGGAAGGAGGAGGAGGAGAAGGAGGAGGAGGAAGAUCAGAAGGAGGAGGAGGAGGUGGAGGAGGAGGACGUCGUCUGGUCCCGGUUGGGAGGUGGAGCAGCGGCAGCAGCAGCCGCCGAGGCAGCCGCCGCCGCCGCCUCCGGAAAGGGAGAGGCAGGAGAGAUCGGGACUUGGAAACCCCAAAGUGUCGGCGACCCUGCACAGCAGGCUUCCUUCCAGCUUCAUGGGCAAAGUGUGGAAACAGCAGAUGUACCCUCAGUACGCCACCUACUAUUACCCCCAGUAUCUGCAAGCCAAGCAGUCUCUGGUCCCAGCGCACCCCAUGGCCCCUCCCAGUCCCAGCACCACCAGCAGUAAUAACAACAGUAGCAGCAGUAGCAACUCAGGAUGGGAUCAGCUGAGCAAGACAAACCUCUACAUCCGAGGCCUGCCCCCCAACACCACUGAUCAAGACCUGGUCAAGCUCUGUCAACCAUAUGGAAAAAUCGUCUCCACGAAGGCAAUUUUGGAUAAGACAACCAACAAGUGCAAAGGUUAUGGUUUUGUUGACUUCGACAGCCCUGCAGCAGCUCAGAAAGCAGUCUCUGCCCUGAAGGCUAGUGGAGUCCAAGCCCAGAUGGCAAAGCAACAGGAACAAGAUCCGACCAACCUGUACAUUUCUAACCUGCCGCUGUCCAUGGAUGAGCAAGAACUUGAAAAUAUGCUCAAGCCCUUUGGACAAGUUAUUUCUACAAGGGUCCUGCGUGAUUCCAGUGGUACCAGCCGUGGUGUUGGUUUUGCCAGGAUGGAAUCAACAGAAAAAUGCGAAGCCGUAAUUGGUCAUUUUAACGGAAAAUUCAUUAAGACCCCGCCAGGAGUUUCUGCUCCUACAGAACCGCUACUGUGCAAGUUUGCGGAUGGAGGACAGAAGAAGAGGCAGAACCCAAACAAGUACAUCCCUAAUGGGCGGCCAUGGCACAGAGAAGGAGAGGCUGGAAUGACACUCACGUAUGACCCGACUACGGCUGCUCUCCAUAACGGAUUUUACCCUUCACCAUACAGUAUUGCCACAAACCGAAUGAUCAGUCAAACUUCUCUUACACCCUAUAUUGCAUCUCCUGUGUCUGCCUACCAGGUGCAAAGUCCUUCUUGGAUGCAACCUCAACCUUACAUCCUACAGCAUCCUGGUGCCGUGUUAACUCCCUCAAUGGAACACACCAUGUCACUACAGCCCGCUUCUAUGAUCAGCCCUCUGGCCCAGCAGAUGAGUCAUCUGUCACUAGGCAGCACCGGAACAUACAUGCCUGCGACGUCAGCCAUGCAAGGAGCCUAUUUGCCACAGUAUACACACAUGCAGACAGCGGCGGUUCCCGUUGAGGAAGCAAGUAGCCAGCAGCAGGUGGCUGUGGAGACAUCUAAUGACCAUUCUCCAUAUACCUUUCAACACAAUAAGUAACUGUGAGAUAUACCGAAGGGAGUUCUUACAUGAAGAAGGGUGUGAAGGCUGAACAAUCAUGGAUUUUUCUGAUCAAUUGUGCUUUAGGAAAUUAUUGACAGUUUUGCACAGGUUCUUGAAAACGUUAUUUAUAAUGAAAUCAACUAAAACUAUUUUUGCUAUAAGUUCUAUAAGGUGCAUAAAACCCUUAAAUUCAUCUAGUAGCUGUUCCCCUGAACAGGUUUAUUUUAGUAAAAAACAAAAACAAAACAAAAAAAACCAAAAAAAAUCAAAGAUUUUUAUCAAAUAUAAUGAUGCAAAAAAGAAAAAAAAAGAGAGAGAAAACGAAAACUUCAAUUUUCUGGGUAUGCACAAAGACCACGAAGACUUAUCCAAGUGCAUGACCGGAUUUUUGUGGUUUUGUUCAUUUUGUGUUUAAUUUGUCUUUUUUUUUUUUCGGCUGUAUGAAAUGGGCUUUCUGAAGUUCCGAUUGUCUCACUGAGCCCAUGGUGUUCUGUGCUUGCGGUGCGCGUGUCGCUGUCACUCCGUGUGGCCCUCGGUGUCUCUCCUUAGCUUUCCAUUUUUUUCUUUCGACGUAGUGUGACGUGUCUUAUCCUUUUCUAUGAAUUCCAAUUUGCCUUAACUCUUUUGAUGCUGUAGCUGUUUCAGUAAAGUUAGUUCAAACUAAUGAUGUAGAAUGCUUUGACCAAAUGGGCUGGUCUAGUACGCCUUGUCAAACAGCAGCAUAGGGCUUUUAAAAGGUAGUCAAUAAAAGUUGCUGAAAUUUUGGCUUUUUUAAAUAUGUAGUAGGUGUUUUUAAUGAUUUUUUCACAUAACAAUGUGUAAGGUAGCGGAGUGCAAGAAGGGAGAACUGUCUCGUGUGAAACACAUUUUCUGACUGGGGGACUUUUACUAGGGUAAACCGUUUGUAAGGCUGCACACCGACAGUUUCCUCUGAUAGUUUGACCAGUUUAGAAUAUCUGCUGUAUGAUGCAAUGUAAAGUCUUUUUUGCCUUUUUUCAGGAAGAAAAAAAAAAACUUAACGAUGUUCUAGAUUUAGCGUAGGUAGCUUUGGCGGUGGGGGUGGGGGAGGGGAGUCACCAAAUGUUUUGUCCUUUAUACUAUAGUGCUUUAGAAUGAGAACCAUGCCUGUGAUCUGGCAAACAGAGGGGGGUGGGAAAUAAUUUUGCUAUUGAAACUAAAUGGCAAAAACUAAAAAAAAAAAAAAAAGAAAAAAACAAAAAAACCCCAAAAAAACAACAACAACAACAAAAAAAAAACAAAACAAGAAUUCCUCUUCAAACCUGAGCUGAGAUAUGAUCAGAAGAAAACCGAUUGGCUACUAGCUCUCUCUCUCUCGCUCGCUCGCUCGCUCACUCUCUAUUAGGUAAAUCUGAAAAACUAAAAAAUGACUUGGCACUUUUAAAGGUAACUUCACCAAAGACCGAAGAGCCAGUAGCCAGUAACUCCACCUUGUCUCAGCAUCCCAUUUUCUCUGCUCUUUAUUUUUGCCGGACCAGUUUGCGGUUAGGAGAACGUGCCUUUUUUGUACCUUUGCAUUAGGUUUUAUAAUUUUAACCGAUGUAUGGACUCACAGAGACAAAUCUUAAAAAAAUAAAAAAAAAAAAAAAAAAAAAAAGCAUGAAGGAAGAUUCGAACCCAGGCCGUACCACACUUUCUGUCAUCACUACAGGUGUUUAAGUGUAAAGAAAACCAACUUUGAAACUAUGAAAUUCCUGAUUCAUAAACAGUUAUUUCUACUUUAGUACAUAUGAGAUAAGUCAUUGUUAUUAAUGCUCUUUUAUUAAGGCAAUUGCAUACGUUUUAAAAGCAAUGGUAAAUUAAGUUGUCUUCCAAAACUGUGUACUUGUCUGGUCAGCUGUGUAUGAUCAGUUAUCUACCUCAGAGGCUAUUUCUUUUUGUGCUGGGACAGGUUGCUGGCCCUCCCUGUUUCCACCGACCAAAUCCUCCUAGCUCGGGAGCUAGGGCUAAGCAGUUACUUCUUUUGAGUAUUUUUUAGUUCUUAAAUUUUAUUGCUUGUAUUUGAUGAUAGAUGUCAGUGACAUUUCAUAGUUUCAAACGUCCUUGCUGCUCUGAGAAGUGUAGAUUCUAGGGAAAAUUACAUAGUCAUAAGAGAAAUGUGUUUUUUGUUCUUGUUUCCUUUUUUGUUUUUCUUUUUUCUUUUGUUUUGUUUUUGAAGAAGUUGUGGUAUUAUUGGUUCUAUGCUCCCUAAAACAUUGUGCUUUGUGGAAGUCCAGACUGAAUGCAGCGCCCUCCGCGUCUCCGUAUACCUAGUAUGUUUAUCAGCCCGGGGCUCUCACUACUUGAUCUUUUUUCCAUUAGUUAAGACAGAAAGAGGAUAACUCAGUCAGUAGGGGAGGGGAAAUCUGCUGCUAGGUUUGUCUGAACUAAGUGCCAUACUUGUCUGGGUCAGAUUUGGGAAACAACCUCUGUACAUACUAAAAAAGAAAAGAAAAAGUCAGUUAAACAUCACAUAGUAGACAGCCAUUAAAUUAUAAAAAAAGUUAAUUUAUGAAGAAAGACCUUUUGUACAGAUUGAAAAAAAAGAUUUUCAUAGAGAUAUCUAUAUGAUCAAGAGAGUUAAUUUUUUAUUUUUGUUCUACUAGCGCUACAUACUUGCCAGCGGUGACUGACUUACCGCUUCAAGACGACUCUGUAGUUUUCUUUCCUGGGACUUGUUAAAACGCCAAAAGACAUUUUUGAACUGUACAUUUGAUCAGAUUGUUAGCUUUUUCUGUUUCAUUUCUUUUGAGAACCUUUGAAUAAAAACAUCUGAAACUCUA